AUGGCUGCCACCUCGUCGCAGUCGCUCUACCAGAGCGCUGCCAUCUUUGCCGGUGGUCUCGCUAUCGGCGCAGGUACGCUCGCGCUCUCGCGUGCCGCCUUUGCCCCCGCACACAAGCCCAACAAGUCGAUCAAGCGCAAGGUGUCGGACGCAAAGCUGCGUUCCACCGACUCUUCCAAGUCUGCUACCACCGCUGUCGCCGCAAAGGACUCUGCCACCGCCCUCGCUGGCAUCACUGGCGCUGGCCGCGUUGACCCUUCUGCUUCCAAGCAGCUCGACGACGUCGACGCAAAGGGCUCUGGCCCUGUCGCUCCUUCCAAGCCACAGCUUCCCGGCCACGCCGCUCCCAACGGCGUCGAUGCCACCGCCGGUGGGCAGAAGCUCAACGGCCUCGUCAACGCUCAACCUGCCAAUGCUGCCGUUCCUGAGCCCUCGCCUGCCAACCGCGCCAAACAUGUCGAGGCUCGCAUGGACUUGAGCACCGUCCAAGGUCCCUCCGAGGCCGAGGUCGCUGCCAAGAUCGCCGCUCAGUCCUGGUUGCUCGGCGUCUCCAGCACCAAGCUCACCAGCACCGCCGCCAUUGACUCGAUCGCCUACGGCAACAGCACCGCCAUCUUCAGCUACGAGAGCCAGGCCAACGGCGGCCUUGGCGCCUACAGCGAGCAGGAGGCUAAGCUUGCCGCCGAAAAGGGCUGGUUCAAGGGUCGUCCUUCAGUUUUCGCCAUGCAGACCCGCUCCGGUGCCGGCAAUGCCAUCAUUGGCUACCUCAACGCCAAGGGAGGCUCUUCCUCCACCCAGGCCGCCAAGGUCGUCACCGCCCUUACCAACGCCGCUGGCUUCGCUGCCAUGGCCCCUGCCCUCGCCUCGUACCACGGCUCGGACAAUGCCAAGCUUGUCCUGCAGGUCUCGGCUGCCACCCACUCUGCCGAACUGGAUCAGGAGCUCAACAUCACCAACGAUUACGCUUCGGUUCUCUCCGCCGCCGCCGCUCUCGGCGACUCGUUCGAGGUUCUCCUCUCGGCCACCCGACAGGAGGCUGUUGACUUUGCCCGGUAUGCCUACCAGUCGUCCAAGAAUGUCGUCCACAUCUUUGACGGUGCCUUUGCAGGUCGCGAAGUCGGCACGCUCAACAUCCCCACCAAGGGACAGAAGGUCGACGUUCCCGAGCCUUUCCUCUUCACCGGCUCGCCCAAGGCCCAGACGGUCCUCGUCGUCCCCAGCGGCUCUCACAGCCAGGCUGCUCGUGCCGUCCUGGUCACUCUGCCUCCUGCUGUGCGCCACAACGUCGCACUCCUCUCGGUUCGCAGCCUGCGUAACUGGGACGAGUCCGACCUCCGCAAGGCGCUUCCCAAAUCGGUCGAGAGCCUGCACAUCCUCGAGGAGGUCGCAGAUGGUGCCAUCUCCGGUCAGCUCUACGAGGACAUUGUCUCUGCCGUCUUUGACGCCGAGUUUGCCGGCUCCGACAUCCCCUCGCACGUCUUCCCCCUCGCCCUCGCCCCCGGCCAGGACUUGACCGCUGCCGAGCUCAGCAAGCUCCUCGAGACGCUCGGUGCCAGCCACAACGCCGCGCUCAAGCUCGAUGACGUGCUCGACGAGGCAGACGACGCCCAUGCCGACCUUCUGGCCCUUUCCGGUGCCUCCGUCGUCACCUUCUUCGACAGCGAGGCUAGCCCCACUGCUCCUCUUGCUCAGCUCACCGCUCGCGCCAUCCGCGACCGCGGCGCUGACACCCAGCUCCACGCCCGUCUGCUGUCUCGCUACGACAACUUUGAGGCCUCGGGCAUCGUUCGCUCCGACAUCAUCCUCUCGAGCCGUCCUGAGUCGGCCGCCGAUGCUCCCAUCGUCCUCGCCGCCGAGGAGAACGCUGCCAAGGUGGUUGUCAUCAGCGACCCCGCCACCACGCUCAAGAGUUACGCUCCCUUCCAGUCGCUCGUCCGUGGCGGCACCGUCAUCUUCAACACCCCCGGUUGGGAGGUCGCCGAGCUCGACUCCAAGCUGCGCGCCGAGGACAAGCGCGUGCUUGCUCAGAAGAGUGCCCGUCUCCUGCUCGUCGAUGCCGCUGCUGUCGUCGAAAAGCUCAACACCAAGACCGCCAACGCCAGCGGUGGCAAGGCCAAGGUCGGCGACAACGUCGUCCCCGCCGAGAUCGCCGCCGCCGUGCUCCUCGUCGCUGUCUUGCGUGUCCAGCUCAACACCUCUGGUGCUGCUCUUGCUGCCUUCCUCAAGCGCGUCAUCGGCACCGCUCCCGUUGGCAUUGAUGGCGUCGAGGGCCUCGUCUCGGCCGCCGAGAGCGCCAUUCAACUCCACGCCUUCAACGACGACGAGUGGUCGCGUGCUGAGCCCAUCUCCGAAGCCGAGCAGAACGCUCCUCUGCGUCCCACGCAGAUCCGCUACAACGGCUUCGGUCCCAACCCGGACGCUGCCACCGUUGGUGUCGAGGCUACUCCCUUCCGCAGCACCUGGGCUCAGUCUGCUUGGCAGCACCUCUUCUCCGAGGCCUACGACACCAAGGCCGACUCGCUCCGACCCGACCUGCCCGAGCAGACUUGGGUGGUCGAGGUCACCGAGAACCGCCGCCUCACCCCUGUCGACUACGACCGAAACGUCUUCCACAUGGAGCUUAGCACCAAGGGCACCGAUCUCAAGUACGAGGUCGGCGAAGCGCUCGGUGUCCACGGCUGGAACGACGAGCAGGAGGUUGCCGACUUUAUCAAGUGGGCUGGCUACGACGCCGACGAGAUCGUCAAUGCUCCAAGCCUCACCGAGGCCGGCAAGCACGAGAGCCGCACCGUCUUCCAGACGCUGCAGCAGAACCUCGACAUCUUCGGUAAGCCUCCCAAGCGCUUCUACGAGGAGCUCGGCAAGCUUGCCACGAACCGUGACGAGGCCCGCUGGUUGCGCUUCAUCAGCUCCGCCGAAGGCUCGUACACGUUCAAGAAGCUUUCGGAGAUCGAGACCUUGACGUACGCCGAUGUGCUGCGCAUGUUCCCCUCGGCACGUCUGCCUAUCGACCAGAUGCUUACGCUCGUCGAGCCCAUCAAGCCGCGUCACUACUCGAUCGCUUCUGCGCAGUCUGCCGUUGGUGAGUCGAUCCACCUGCUCAUCGUCACUGUUGACUGGAAGACGCCCAGCGGCAGCCCUCGCUUCGGACAGUGCACGCGCUACCUCUCGCAGCUCAAGCCCGGUGCCAAGGUGACUGUCUCGCUCAAGCCUUCGGUGAUGAAGCUGCCGCCCAUCGAUUCGCAGCCCAUCAUCAUGGCUGGUCUCGGUACGGGUGCUGCACCCUUCCGAGCCUUCAUCCAGGCUCGCGCUCACAAGAAGGCGCAGGGUAUCGACGUCGGACCUCUCGUGUACUACUUCGGUUCUCGUUACCGUUCGUCCGAGUACCUGUACGGCGAGGAACUCGAAGCCUACACCCAGGACGGUGUGAUCCAGCACAUGGGUCUCGCCUUCUCCCGUGACACGUCCAAGAAGGUCUACAUCCAGCACAAGAUCCUCGAGGAUGGCGAUCUGCUCACCCAGUACCUCGGCCCCGAGAUCGAGAAGCUCGAGGCUGCAGGUGGUAAGGCCGAAGUCGUCCUCCAAGACGGCCUGGUGAACGACGACGACGUUGAGGAAGGCAAGAAGGGUUACUUCUUCGUCUGCGGUCCUACCUGGCCCGUUCCCGACAUUCACGAGGCGCUCAUCGGUGCCUUUGUCAAGAAGGGCUUGACCAAGGAUCAGGCCGAGAAGAAGAUGGAGGCUCUCAAGGAGGACGAGCGAUACGUCCUCGAGGUGUACUAG